AUGCAGAUCCCAAACGUAACUGUGGAUGAUCUCCAAACCUUCCAAUCGAAGCACUUCCCUGGCCAACAGCUGGCGGUGUUUCCCCCUGAAAAUAACCAGACCACAGACGAGGAUCUCGGAUACUACCCGGAUGGAGUGAAGCGCACACUUACAGACGAGCAGAUUCGGAUUUUCAGACAUAGUGAAAUCCAUGCUCUGGUACGAGAGAGGCAGCUGCGGGAUGAUGAAACGCAAUACCAAGCUCGGAUGCAGUCGUCUCUAGAUGAUAAUGCAUCAGAGGAUAAAGCAAACACUGCACCGGAAAAGCGACCUCUAGAUGCUGGGUCUCAGAAACAGGGUGGCGACCAGAAACGGUCACAGUCACGAAAGGGGUCUAAGAGACACACCCCAGAGCACAAGACUACCAAGCUCCUGGACUACGGGGACGACUCAGACAAAACACAAAUGGAAAGGCCAUCAGUGUCACAGAUGCCCUACCAAGGUCGUAGGAUUAUCUCCUACAAUGACUGA